CGAAUGGAACAGAAUUAGCGGCUCUGGUGGAGAAGAAGGAAGAGGCUUGACGAAAGCGAUACCGACAGGAACUUGUGCCUGCAGACGGCCCUAUGUGUGCCCGGGCGGUCACAUUUCACCGCCGAAUGUUUCCUUGUCUCGUGCUUAUCUUGAAGUUUUAGCAUUACCCAGUAAAUUCGCGCACGCGGGCUUUUCAGAGAGUUGUUUUUUUACGUGUGAAAAAUCGGUUCCGCAUUCUUGUCGCGAGCGGGUCGGUGUGGAGAUGUUGUCAAAAUACGACUAACUUGACAUUUGGAAGGCACGUAGGACGGCAUAUGUCCAGGGCGUGAGUGUGUGUAUAACUUUAUUUAUAUUACACGUGACAUUAUGGACUUUUAGACUGAAAAGACGCACAUUAACUUGUGCUAAACACCAAGAUGGCAAAGUUGAUAGUGAUAACAUUUGCAAAUGUAGGUCGUCACUUCCUCUUGAACGGCUGUUCUUCCCGGUGCUACCUCCCCUUUGAAAAAAAAAAAAGUGCAAAGCGCCGCCACUAGCGUAAAGACGCAGAACUCAACCGGAAGCAGCAAUUUUGAAUCUCUUAAAAUUACAUUUUAAUGUGUUUUUCCUCACAAGUUACAUAUAUUUAAAAGCAAAAAUAGUUUCUACUGAACAAAAUACGCCUAUUCUAAAAACGGCGACACACAUACAAUUGUCUCUGUGUACAAUUUACUGAUAAAAAUGCUUUUAUUUUGAAAGCUAGGUAGGCAUCCGGAAGUUGUGAUGAAACACGUUUUGCCUCUCAUAUUUUGUGUCAACGCUUGGAAAUGCAUGAAGAAAGCGAAGGAGAAAUUGUUUUCAAGAACCAAGAACAGAGGCGGAAUGCAUCUCCAACAUCCGAGAAUUCUUAAAAGGAUGCUCGUCCUUGAAAGUAGAGGGCUUUGAACCAGAGUGUCUAUACACUGGAGAGAAUUUCGGCAAAGUCCUGACUACUUUGCUGGCGUUCAACUUUGCUACCCAAGACUGUGCUGUUGAGAGAUGUCCACAGUCUGCUUCGUCUUCUCCUAACCAGGCGACUUCUUUACACACUCAGGCCUCCAUCAAAUCCAAAGGCUCUCUAAGAAGACAGUCCAAAUCAGGGGAAAUGUCAGAGAACGGCGGUGGCGGACAGCUGCUGGUAAAGGCCCGCUUUAACUUCAAGCAGAACAAUAAGGACGAGCUGUCCUUCAGCAAAGGUGAGGUGAUCCUGGUGACGCGGCAGGAGGAGGGAGGAUGGUGGGAGGGCACGCUCAACGGCACGACAGGCUGGUUUCCAAGCAACUACGUCCGUGAGGUCAAACCCUGUGAAAAGCCAUUGUCUCCUAAAGGGACUCAACUGACCAAGAACUAUUACAUGGUGGUGGUCCAGGAUAUCUUGGAACACGAGCGAGAAUUUGUCAAAGAAUUGCAAACAGUCUUGACGUGUUACUUGCGACCCCUGCAAGCCUGCGACAAGCUGGCCACUGCCGACAGCGCCACCCUAUGUGGAAAUCUAGAAGAGAUUCUCACCUUCCAGCAGGACCUGUGCUCAGCUUUAGAGGAAUGUACAAAAGUCCCGGAGGGGCAGCAGCGGGUGGCAGCCUGCUAUUUGAACCUCAUGCCUCAAAUCAAGAACCUUUACCUGACCUACUGCUCCAGCCACCCCUCCGCUGUCUGCAUUCUGACGGACCACAGUGAGGAGCUCGUCAAGUUCAUGGAAAACCAGGGGGCCAGUUCUCCGGGAAUCCUGAACCUGACCACCAGCCUCAGCAAGCCUUUCAUGAGGCUCGACAAAUACCCCACCCUGCUGCAGGAGCUGGAGAGGCACGUUGAGGAAGCUCAUCCAGACUACCCUGACAUUCUAAAAGCCACGGCAGCAUUCAGGAGCCUCGUGGCGCAGUGCCAGGAACUACGAAAGCGCAAGAAUCUAGAGCUGCAGAUCUUGUCGGAGCCGGUGCGAGGCUGGGAGGGAGACAGUAUGAGGAGCCUGGGACCGGUGGCCUACAUGUCCCAGGUCCAUAUAAGAAACGGAUGCAGUGAGGAAAAAGAGGAGCGAUACCUGAUGCUAUUCCCAAAUUUGUUGGUAAUACUCUCUGCUAGUCCUCGGAUGAGUGGCUUCAUUUUUCAGGAAAAGCUCUCGCUGGCAGGAACCACAGUUACCAGGCAUGUGGAAGAGGAAGCUUUUGACAUCACAGGAGGCAUGAUGGAGCGCAUUACGGUGUUCUGCAGCAGUGCCCAGGACUUGCAGGAAUGGCUAGAACACUUGCAACCUUUCACCAAAGGAGGAAGUCCUGCUAGCACCAUCACAAAGACUGUUGAUGUGAAGCCAGCAAGCAUGGUCGGUACCCCCACCCACAUGUCCCACCUGGGCAGUUUCAGCGCUGCCAGUCGCGGACCCCUGGAGCCGCCAAAGAUGAGCAAACCCUGGUCUCUAAGCUGUCUGCGCCCGGCUCCUCCUCUCAAGCCCUCCGCUGCCCUCGGCUACAAGGAGAGGAUGUCUUAUAUCAUGAAGGACAUCAGCAAAAGCCCACGACCGAUGAAGAAGUUCCUGCCUGGCAACAGGAAGAAAGAGCGCAAGCCAUCUGAUGACGAAUUUCAGAUGAGAAAAAGCAUGGCUGCUCUGGAGGAGGACGCUCAGAUCCUUCGGGUGAUUGAGGCCUAUUGCACAGGAGUCAGCCUCCAGACCACCACAGCAGUGCGGAAAGAGUGCAUCCCUCAGGUUCUUCUCCCGGAGGAAGAGAAAAUCAUCGUGGAGGAAAUGAAAAGCAACGGGCAGACGGUCACUGAGGAAAAGAGCCUGGUGGAUGCUGUGUACGCUCUAAAGGACGAGGUUCACGAGCUGAAAAAGGAGAAUAAGUGGAUGAAGCAGUUCCUGGAGGAGGAGCAGAAGUCUCGCAAAGAGUUGGAGAGAUUAGUCCGGAAGCUGUCCAAGCAGCAGAAGAACGACUGUGCUUGGGAGGACGGCGGCCACUAAACCCCUGCAGCCUCUCGUCUUUGUUCUUUUUGCUUGCUUGAGAGCAGGCUUUGGGGCGCCGGCGUGUCAUUUCUCGUCUAUGUUGUGUCUUCACAUUUCAGUCACCGAUCAGAAGCAGAGCGCCGUUGCUGCUGCGAUGACGACGCUUGGGACUGUUUUCCAUCUGGACUUUGUCUGAACCUUCUGUCGGUCCUUGCUCUAGUCCAGCUGAGUCGGAGCUCACCAUUCUUCCACAUCUGUAAAACUGUCAGUCCUGGUGGCAACUGUGAACUCCCCCCAGUGAAAGGAACAAACUCGGAUAUCCUCGAAACUUUUCAUCUGGAAGCAGCAAAGAUAAAGAGACCGUCACUCCUGCCCGGUGUUUGAUUACAUCCGCUUCCGUCACAAAGAGGACUAAUAAUCUCCCUUUCAGAUUAUGACAAUCACUUUCACAUUUGUUUUUUUUUUCAUGUUCUCCCCAGCAGGGAAUUGAAACUGUACUGCGUUCAUUAAUAUGUUGGGCUUGUGAUUUUUUUUUUUUUCCCUUUUGCUGUCGACGUUGGCGUCUCACAUGUUCAUGUUUCAGCUGGUGAGUGCCGCACUGAAUCCCCUCUCAAAGCGCAGACAUUGACUGUUUAUUUAAAAACUGCAUGAAUGUAUAGCCUUUGACUUCUGCAUCAGAAAUCUAGAAAUCAGCAUAUUUAGACGUAGAAACCAAAGCAAUCAGGGACGCAUCAAAUUAACACAAGAAAGACUUCUCUCCGUUAUUACAAAUGGCACAUUCUUGUAAUGAUAAAUAUUAUUCAAUAUAUGUAUCAUUUGAGCAUAUAUGAGUACGGCCUUGCUUUGUUUGAGAUAUUUAAAGAAAAAUAUCUUUAUUUAUUGUUAACCCAAGUGUUUAAAAGUGGUGUUAGCUUUAUAGAUUUAGACAGCUGCCUUGAAAUUUGACUUUUUUUUUAAAUUAAAAAUAUGUUUGUAAAGGCAGAAAAUAGUAAAAACGUGCUUAUCAGUCUAUCAAAGUGAGAGAUUUCUAUGUUUGCGUGGAGUAGUUUUCAAAUGUCGAAGUGCCUCCAACAGAGGUCAAUAAACGGAGCGUUUAAGACCGACGGGACUGUAUGCAUAAAUGGAUUCUGAAAAAGAAAAAGAAAAAAAAGCAACAAAAGUCCGGGCUUUGCAUGCUUUUCAACAUGCGUCCUCUGUCUGAGGAACCGCAGCGGUACGUUUCCUCACGAGCGUGUGCACUGUCGAUAUCCUAUCUAUUUAUGCUGCACUGCAGAGCAGCGGUGAAUGUAGAAAUGCAAUAAGUGACUGCUUUAGGGACUGAUCUGAUUUAGUCAAAGCGGCAGAUCAGAUUUGGAGAACUUGCAAUAAUAAUAUGAAAAACUAUCAGAAACAAGACAGUCAGAUGAGAUGUUUGCUUUUAUUCAAUCAGGAGACUUAAGUUUCCUUGUAAAGCCAGUGAGGUUCCCUGUUCCAGCUGGUGUGGUUUUUAUGUCUACAAAAACAUCAACAGAAAGUUCUACAAAAACCUGUUCUGGUUUGUCUGCAGAGACAAUUCUCCAGUUUGCUUUUGAGCCUCACAUAAAUCCGUUGGGGACCUUCAGUCCACAUUCAGAUGUUUCUUCAAGGUUUUUACUGCUAACCAGUUGUAUCAUUGUGGCUUUUUUUUUAAUUUUGUAAAAAGUGUUCAGUCAACAGCGCUCACUGUUAUCUUUAAAAUUCCCUCCAUGGAGCACUUACUGGUGAGACGUGGUUAAACGCCCACUCAUCUGAUGCUAAAUCCCCAGACCACUGUGUUGUUUUCCUCUUCUGAAAGAUAGCUCUAUGCAAUUCUUUUUUGCAAUACUGUAAUGCAAAGUCUUUUUCUAGAUAUCCUGUACUUUUCUGUUUGGUAUGGUCAUUCUUUUAUUAAAAGUUUAUUAUGACAACCCUA